AAAGGCUUAUUUUUUUUUGCAGGCACAUACUGAAAAAUAAAGUCUUAAAUCUGAGAAUAUGCUGAAGGAAGCAAAACAUUAAAUUUGUAAUGAAAUGGAGUCUGGAUCAAGCUCCUUUCGAGUGGAAUUUCCAGAUUUUUCUAGCACCAUUUUGCAGAAGUUAAACCAACAGCGCCAGCAAGGGCAAUUAUGUGAUGUGUCCAUUGUGGUUCAGGGCCAUCUCUUCAGAGCCCAUAAAGCUGUUCUAGCAGCUAGUUCACCUUACUUCUGUGAUCAGGUUCUCCUGAAAAACAGCAGGCGAAUAGUCCUGCCUGAUGUGAUGAAUCCCAGAGUAUUUGAAAACAUUCUUCUGUCUACCUAUACAGGCCGGCUGGUAAUGCCUGCACCAGAAAUUGUUAGUUACCUGACAGCAGCAAGCUUCCUGCAGAUGUGGCAUGUAGUGGAUAAGUGCACUGAAGUGCUUGAGGGGAACCCAACAGUUCUGUGUCAGAAGAUGAAUCAUGGCAGUGACCAUCAGUCCCCAAGCAGUAGUAGCUAUAAUGGCCUUGUUGAAACCUUUGAACUUGGCUCUGGAGGACAGACAGAAUUCCACAAAGUGCAGGAACUAAGGGAUGGUGAAAAUGAAGAAGAGAGCUCUAAAGAUGAACUGUCGUGUCAGCUGACAGAACAUGAGUACCUUCCCAGCAACUCUUCAACAGAACAUGAUAGACUUAGCACUGGAAUGACCAGUCAGGAUGGAGAAGAAGGAACUAGUGAUAGUGCAGAGUACCAGUAUGCCAGACCAAUGUACAGCAAACCCAGCAUCAUGUCUCACAAGCGGUGGAUCCAUGUGAAACCAGAAAGGUUUGAACAAGACUGUGAAGGCGUUGAUAAUCCUUAUGAUGAACACCAAGUUUCUGAAUCAAUGAAUGCCAUGCAGGCUGAUCACUCGAUCCAGUCUUCAGGUGUUGAAGAUUUUCACAUAGGUGACAAAAAGAUGGAAGCAGAAUUUGAUGAACAUGCAGAUGAAAGUAAUUAUGAUGAACAAGUUGACUUCUAUGGCUCGUCUAUGGAAGAAUUUUCUGGUGAAAGGGCAGAUGGAAAUUUAAGUGCUCACAGACAGGAUCUUAUGAUGGCAGCAGGCUAUGGUGAAAGCAUUGAUAUGGCUGCCGGAAUUAAAGAAGAAACCUCUCUCACUGGGUUUUCCCAUGCCGAUAAGCUCUAUCCUUGUCAGUGUGGAAAAAGCUUUACACACAAAAGUCAGAGAGAUCGGCAUAUGAGUAUGCACCUUGGUCUUCGACCUUAUGGCUGUGGUGUCUGUGGUAAGAAAUUCAAAAUGAAACACCAUCUUGUAGGCCAUAUGAAAAUUCAUACAGGCAUAAAACCGUAUGAGUGUAACAUUUGUGGGAAAAGAUUUAUGUGGCGGGACAGCUUUCAUCGGCAUGUGACCUCUUGUACCAAGUCCUAUCAGGCUUCUAAAGCUGAGCAGAGUACUACUGAGAUGAACUAAGACAUUAGUGCUUAUAUUUGUUUAGUUAAGUGAGAAAAAUAAACUAAUUAUGCAAAUAAUGUCUGGUACUUGCUAUUGUACAUUCUCAAAAAAACAAGUUUUAAUGAGUCGACUGCUAUAAACAGAUCAAGCUUAUUUUGCUUUCCACAUUAUUACUUCAGGUGUUCAGUGUGUGAAGUGCGUGUGGUUAAUCUGAAAGGUGCCUGCAAAAUGAGAUCUGACGUUCAUAGUAAUCACAGCAGUAUUUAGAAGCUGUCUUGUAUUUCUAGGUCAUCUAAAUUCACAGUAAAACUCAGCACUAAAUUGACAAAAAUCCUGAAAAUACUUAGAUGAACCAGGAAUUCAGGUAGUACUACUGCUACUGGAAAAGAAAACUAAGAUGACCAAAUUGGGUUAUAUAAUUCACAUUUUAAAGAAAGAAAAAUUAGAAUUCCAGCUCAAGCUGAAGACUGCCAACAUACUUUACAUGCAUCAUUAGGUAGUGUGCAUCAUUCAGUAGCCUCUGUUGUAGUGCUUAAUGAAAGGCAGUGGUAAAGGUGGUUUGGCUUUCCUUUAUCCCUUUUCUGGUUUUUUAAUCUACAGUAAAACAAAUUCUAAUUUUGUGCUGAUUUCUAUUUAGAGUCUGUAAUGCUGAUUUCUGUUUAGAGUCUGUAACACACUUUUAUCGCUAUAUCACUAUAUAAACUUCAAUAUGUAUUAAGUAUACUUUAUUCUUGCUCCUUUAGGGUCUAAUGCUAUUCAACUCAACUUCAUUAGAUUUUAAUUACUACAUCAUGAGAGCUUUUAGAAGUGUGUGUAAUAAGUAUGUCUUAUUUGAAAAAAAAAAAAACAACAAAAAGUGAGCUGUAACAUUUGGAGCUUAGUCAAAAUAAUCAAAUACUUAAACUGUAGAUUUCUGUUCAAAUUCUUGUGGCUUACUACAGUAGCAAGUACCAAACUCUGGAAUAAUGAACUGACUUGUUAUUGGUACAAAAACUUUGAGAACUUCUUCCUAGUUCUAGAAACCUGUUUUAGGAAUAUUAUGUAGUCAUUGAUAGGUAUUUAUACUUUCAAUUCUUUGAAUAGUAAGAACUAUAAUAGAGAUUCUUGGUACUGAACUACUGUGACUGGUAAUCACAAGCAGAGUUGUUUACUUCCUCAAAUGAAGUUGCUUGUGGAAAGAAGUAGGAAGUAUGUGAUUCGGAUCUUUUAAUGGUACCAUGCUUACGUCUGAGAUUGGGAUUUUUGCUGGCAAAAUGACACUUUUUUUUUUAGGAUGAGGAUCUAUGUGUGGGGCUCUCAUUCAUGGAGAUAGAUGGAGGAGUGUGUAUAGUUCUGAGAUGCUGCCAGCUCUGCAGGUAGAGUAAAGGCAUCAGUUGUAAAGGUGACAACAGGGUUUUGGGGUUGAAACUUAAUGUAGUCCAAUGCGACAGCAAUUGCUUCCUAGCAAGCAAAAGCAAAAGUUUCUCAGUUUCUUACUGAAAUAUUAAAAGGAAAGAGCCUUUAAAACAUGCAUAGAAUACAAUAGAAAGAGGUGAUAUCCAAGUACAAUGCUGUUCACAUGGGGAAAAAGUUAACCAGCAUUAAAGGCCUAAGCCUGUCUGGCCCCAGUUUUUGUAUUAGGCACUCCUGUAUGCAGGAUAGUGUACUGAAAUAGAUGACCCUGUAUGGCAAAGCAAAACCACACAAAGAUUAUUACACUCCAGAGUCUUUUUUGAACUCCCAGUUACAAAUUGUCUUAAGAUACAACUGAGCUGUAUCCUGAAAAUGAAUGUCUGCUGCCAGCUGAGUGUUUUGUACUCAGUGAGCUGUAAUUACUGUAAUUUCUUUACCCGCAUUCUACUUACAAACUUUUUCUUUUUAAAGAGGCUCUUAAUUACUAAUCUUCUAAUGCUUCAAAUAUUUUUUUCAUAUGGAAUUUUGUUAAAACAAAUGUUCCCAAGUAGAGUGAACCCAUUGCUGGCAAUGGGCCUGAAUGGUCAGCACCACAGAGUUCCUUUUCUUAGCACUUAGUUGAACUCUACAGAUACCAUGGUGGCCAUGUCUAACCUUCAUGAUCAAGGUACUGAAACAGGGAUUUUGCUCACUAACACUGUAAACUGCUUAAUGUAUAGAAGCACUUUGUAUUUAAACAAGAACAAAAAAAAUCAUCAACAAAAAACCAAACCAUUCAACUUUAUAGGUAUGUUUUUUAACCUUAGAAAUUAUAUUCACUGUAUGGUUUGUUUGCACACUGCUAACACUGUCUUUUUUUAAUACUAAAAAAUACUACAUGCUUGCCUGUUUACAUGGUGGUAGAGGAAAGGGUUUUUGCACUUGGUGGCCCUAUUUUUCCAUUCUCCAAGUUCUUACCACAUACAUGGUGUCAUUUCUGCAAGUACCAUCAUCACAUUUAAAGGAAGGUAUUAGGAUCAUAGAAUGGUUUGGGUUGGAAGGAGAUUUCAAAGUUUAUCUGCUUCCACUCCCCCUGCCAUGGGCAUGGACAUCUUCAACCAGGCCAGGUUGCUCAGAGCCCCAUCCAGCCUCGCCUAGAACACAUCCAGGAUGACUCAUUUCAAGAACGAUAUUGUAUAUUACAUUAGUUCUCAGACCCCUUCCAAUUGUCACUUUAGUUUUACAUAAAAAAAGUUAAGGGUGCCUCUUCCUGUUUAACCAUAAAAAAGGCUGGACAGAAACACUGGUCUGAAAACUAUGGUCAAAAAAACCCAGCUGAACCCAGACCAUCCUACAGAGCUGCCAGCAAAACUGUUUCUUUUACCAGCUUGGAAUGACUUUUAUAUGGGAUAUUUCAAGGUUUAACAUUACUUCUAUUUGCAGUUAGAUUACUUUGAAACAAAGCUUUAAAAUCAAAUGUACUGCGAGAGACACUUUAAAGGUUUUAUAACAGGUUCAGUAGAUCAAAUUCUAGAACCAUGUCCUUUUUUUAAUGACUUAGCAUGAAUAGUAACAUUUUAGUAUUUGCCUAUUGCUGUUUUACCCCGUAUUAUGGCAUUGUCUUGAAAGUCAACAAAUGUUGCUCCACUGAUUUUAUAGCUUUUAGCUUUCUGCUGUUCAUUUACAUGAAACCAAUUGAUUGCAGGAAAAUACUGAUCUGAUUGUCAUGAGAUUAGGUUGAGAGGACUGAUGAUUUAAGGGCAGCUUGAGAUACAUGUCUAGAAUUCUUUCUUUUGCAUGUCACAGGUGAAACAGUUGUCUUGUGGUGUUUCUCUUGAAUUCAGUUUACUGCCCUUUGUCAAACUUCUAAUCAGCAUUUCAGGUAGUGGGGGCAAAGAUGAAAAAUUACUUAAACCAUCUUCCUCAGGCUCAGCUUAAGUCCAACACCUCCCUGCCUUUGUAGUAUCAGUUUCCCUUGCUUUCACCAAGAGUUGCAUCCAGCUCUUUCCAUUUCCUUUAGUAAGAUGACAGUUCACACAGGAGGUUGGGCUCAUAUGCACACUUUCUUGUCUGAUGCUUUCAUUUCUUAGUGGGUGUCCUCUGGGCUGGUCAGUGUCACUAUUCACGGUGGCACCAGGCCACAGUCCCUUCAGGGAUGUGUCUGUUCCAGCUUGGUUCUCCUGUGCAACUCAGUCAUUUUUAGAGGUGUACCUGCUCUGGCAGGGCUUAGCUGUAGGCCAAAGUCCUCUUAGAAGUGAAUCUCCUCAAGUAGAGAAUGUGUCCUUCUGUAAGUAUGUCUCUACGUGUUCUCAGUGACUUCUUCAGGUGUUUCCCCAAGAACGGCUCUUCAGUUUCUCCACAUGUACCCAGGACUAUCUUCUCCAUGUGUCUCCCUGCAGCUCUUGCUAGCAGCUGCCUCUCUUCCUUAAGUAUGUGUAAGCAGAAGCAUUAUAUGCACCUCUGGUUGAGAUUUUGGCUUGCAGUAGAUUGUUCACCUCCAUUUUUUUCUGCAGGCUGAACUUGUUUUGACUAGCACAGGGCAGCUCAAAAGCUCUGGCCACGCGUCACUCCUGCACUCCCUGCCAGUGGUGGCCAGUGUAGGUGAACGUAGCAAGCCAAGAURCACAGACGCGCAGCUUCUGUCAAGCUUCUAAUCUUUGCCAGUGGAGUGGUCUUGUUCAAGGUACAAAAAAUCAUUUGUUUGUGGGGAGGAGGGAAGCAAUCCAUAUAGAUAUAUAUAUAAUGAUUGCAUAUUGUCGGGGCUUGAACUGGGCCAAAAGCACCCAACRACGUUCCCUCCCCCCCMCCGGAGAGGAAGAAGGGAGAGCAAAAGCCCAAUUAACACGAAAAUUUAUGGCUUUCAGAUAACAUAACGUAAUUGAGACAAAGAUAUGUAUAUGCUCCAGAAAAUGGUUAGUCAGGCUGAAUAACUUAAGUUGCAAAAUAGAUUUAUUACUAAAAACUACUAAGAAUACUACUGCACCRGGGAGGGGAACAAAGAUAGGGAAAAAUUUACAAGGAGAGGAAAAAAAGCAGACAUUGUAAGACAUGUGUUUUUCUUUCCAGGGACCUCUCUCUUUCUCAUGUCGUCCCUCUCCAAACCCCCAUGYYUUCCCACAUACAAAGGGGGGCAGGAAUGAAAGUCUAACAUAGAUCAAACUACUCAUUAUGGUUAUCGUCAGCAUCAUAGGAGAAGCGUUCUUACAGCUCCUAGCUGUGGAAAGUCUUUUCCCAAGAAACAGUCCCUUUCAAUAUUACUGCUGAUGGCAUGGGAUUCUUUUCUUUACCUUGUGGGAGAAAGGAAAGACAGUUCUCCAAGGCCGACUGUGUUAUUUCAGCGGCAUAAAGCCACUAUCACAAAUCUGGCAGAACACAGCUUCUUCUGAGUUCAACUCACUUCCGACAUGGGGGUGGGGGGGGGGCAAGCCUCUUCCCCCUUUUUGGCUUUUGAUCAGUCCAGUCCUCAAAAGGCCAGAUUUUUUUCUCAGAGCAAGGUCGCUCUCUUUUCUAUACAGGUCUCCCACUGAAGAAAUAGUCCUUUCGAGAACAGCUUGCUUCCUCCAUAUUUGAGCACCACAGCAACCCAUCCCAUCUUCUCCUGUGAUCUUGGGUCUCCAUUUUUUUUCUUACAUCUCCUCACUCUCCUGCUCUGUCCUCCCCCGGUGCAUGAUACUAAAACUAAAUACUAACAACCUAAAAACUACAUGGCGGACACACUCUUAUCUUGUUUUGAAUUCUUCUCAAGUACAAGACCAUAGGUCGUCACAGAGGUGUAACCAACCUGUGCAAUUGGCCCAGGCCUGAUGAGCAGCCUGUCCAUCACCCUCAGAGCCACAAUGGAUUGGCUCUAAAACACAGGGGGCAGGGCUCCGUUUGCUGGAGACGAAGAAAGCUUCUAGAAGUUUGUCAAAGGAGCCAUCUUAGUGGUUUCUUGGUCCUAUCCCCCCACUGCCAAAAACUGGACUGAGUAAAACCAGGACAUGAAUGAUGAAUUUUGUUAAUCUUUCCUUGUGCUUCAUUACCUUUGAUGAUGUGGUUGUUGGCUGUAGUAAAGUGUGUGUCUCCUGAAAGCCAGCAAUAUUGUAUACCCAGGUGGCUUUCAGACUUUCCUGCUGCUUUGAAGCCAUUCAUUAUCCUAGCAGUGGUAAGAAGACCUAAUGAUACUGCAGCUUAAGUUCCUUUUCAUUCCAUUUUGUAACUAAGAUGUUAAUUGCCAUGAAGUCUGUGUAACUGUCAUUCUGAAAAAUUCAACUCUUAGCAGGGUUAAAAUCUGCUUAGGUUAUCAGACCCUUUUUGAAGAAGAAGGUUCCUAUUUCACACACACACUUAUUUCACAUCAAUGUUGGUUUGUGGAGUUCUUUUUUGUUUCUUCAUUUUUUAAACUUUACUUGUUKAUGGGUGAGUAGGUAGACCCUCGAAGGUAUUGUCAGUACAGUUUUUGGUCACAGCUUUUUUCAUCUGAAGUGUGUCUGAGGCUGAGGAACCAUCCUGUAUCAUAAGCAAGGCAGGUGAUCAAAGGCUGAUGUAUGGAGCAUUCCAGUAUUAUUGAGCCUGAAAGAAUGGAGGCACAUCAGGUUUGUAAUCUCAGUACUUCUGCCUGGGUGCCAACAAGGUGACCUGUCUGAAUUACGAGAGCCUACAGCAGUAUAUUGAGUGUUUUGCUGUAACAUAAUUAGGACCUUUCUCAAAGCAACAAUGGAAMGUUGUUUUUUUUGUCUUUUAAAUGCUUCAUUGGAUAGCUUGGCUUCUUUACCUAAUAGGUGUAAACAGUCAGUGCCCAUGGGAAAGAUGCUGGAAAAGAAAAUGGUAUAUUUUUUAUGUGAUUAAAUUGCAAGUUCGGAUUUUUGCUUGAAGCCUGUUUGUGUUGAUAGCUGCUCCUUUUUUUGUUAUUCAUGGGAUUCCGUAUUUCUUUCAGAAAUGUAACUGUUUAUGCAAUUCAAGUGAAUCUUCCUUAAUGAGCUAUAAGUUUUUAUUCUAAACAAGUCAUUUAUAAUAGUAAAUUUGCAUAUCUUGAUAUUUUGUGAGAUGUUAUGCCUGUAUUGCAGAGGUUGGAUAGUUUUGUCUAUAAAUAUUGCUGUUCUAAUUGUACAGCAUGGUUUUAAUUUAAUGUUACUGUUCAAUAUUUUCUUCUUAUAGAAGAGUCCCAUGCCCCUUUUUUUGUAUAACAUGUUUUAAUAAAUGUUAUCUGUUAACUUCGUAAAUGUUUUCUUAAGCUUGAAUGAAAGGAAUGCAUGUCUAGUACUAGUAUUUAAUAUUUCACUUUGCCAAACUAAGUGCUCAAAAAGUACAAAUCCAAAAGUUGUUGAUAUAUAACUUUAUUAAAUAUAUAAAGAAAAAGAGUAUCUAGUAAUGUGUCUUUUUGAAAUAAUGAGAAUAUGCCAGUCUAUCUAAGAAAACACUAAACUAAAACUUGAUUUUUGACACAGUAAGUUUUAUGAAUUUGUGAUACUGGACACAUUUCUUUGCUGCAUUAGGUAAUUGGCUUCCAUACUAAUUCAAAUUUAUCAAACAGGUUUUGUUUUAAAUGUUUUUUGCAGAAUGGUAAUCUCAGAAGUUACAAUACAUAAUGUACAKGCUGACAGGAAAAUUCCAGAAUAUUCACUUAAUAGGUGGAGCAACUGAAUGUCCCAGAGGCCUCUUGGUACAUAUGAAGUAGGUACAGAUAACAGACUCUUAAGUAUGAAAGAAAUUGCAUCCUGCAAAAAAUAUUAAAAGGAUGUUCCUGUGAGGAUUCCUUCUCUCCCUGACUAAAUUUCGGUGCUGAUACUGAACCACUUGACUUUGUCCAGCCUCCAUCUGCUCAGUCCUUGUGGAUCCAUCCCAGCUGCUGCUUGCUACCUAAGCAAAAAAUUGAGCUCAUUGAAAGCAUAUUCAGCUAAUAGCUUGAGAAGUCAGUAUUUGUGUAACACACUCAGUCUUCAGUAAAUUCAAAUGGAAUAUGGUACGGAAAAUUUUCUAUUUUGGUUACAUUUACUGAACACAUAAGAAUAAGCCCUAAGUUUUCUUCCUGUUCAGAGUUAGUUGUUUGGGUUUCUUUU